GUACUUUAAAUGGAAACAGGGUGAAGCUUUCCGGGCUCCGGCAAUACUGUAUAUAAAUAAAAGUAUGUUUCUACGCGCAUCGUUAAUGUAACUUUAGUGUUAAGUGUAUUGUGGUGUCCUUGUGAUUCGCGUUGUACAGUAUUAAUCUCGUGGAAUAUCCGGCUAAGUUAAAUUUGCAAAGAAAAAAAAAAAAAAGCAAGUGGAGCCAUCGCUUAGUGAGUGCUGAAUAAUUUUCCACAGAGAAUCACCUGUCUCCUCCAUUGAUGCUUUUCUUUGAAUCAGAACAGCGCAGAAAAGCAAAACUCUCAUGAAGGCUGAGCUCCAUAACGUGCGGCGACUUCCCGUUUCAAGCGGAAACGGCGUUACAUUCCCGCGCCCCGAAGCGAGAUGACGACGCCGCUUCGCUAACCCGAAAAGAGUGCACCGGGGCCGCAGCAGACCGAGGGAGCUCGCAGUGAUGCCGUACAGCAGCGGGGCCGUGGCCACGGUCUCAGCGAUGCCGGUGCCCUCGGCCAGCCGCUUCUCGGCGGGCUCCUACCGCCUCAGCUCGUCGCUCAGCAGCCCCAGCUACUACACGUCCGAGUACCGCUCCAAGUACAGCACCCCCUCCAGCUCGACGUCGUCGGUGGCGGCGUACGGCCGGCGGCACCUGAGCCUGUCGGAGGCGGACUCCGGGCUUGGCGCCUCGUCGCGCUACAGCUCCGCCUCUGGCUCCAGCUUCAGCCUCUCGUCGUCGUCGUCGCGCGAGCGCAGCGAGGCGCGCGAGACCGCCUACUCGCGGGCGUCCAGCCGGUCGCGCGCCGACUCCGGCGCCACCUCGGCGUCGGCAUCGGCCUCUGCCGGCUCGUCGGCCGGCGUCUCGGGCGGGCGCGCCCCGCGCAGCUCGACGGCGGCCGCGCUCGACGCCGUCCAGGACCUGUACAACAAGUACUCGCCGUCCGCCUACCUCGCCGAGCGGCCGCCGCGCGCCACCGCCGCCUCGACCACCGCGCAGCGCUACGCGCCGGCCGUCGCGGCCACGCGGACAGAGGAAAUCAGUGCUUCUCCACGUCUCUUGCGUGGCUAUUCACGAACUCCAGGAAAUGAACGCGGUGGUCUUGCUGGCUUGCGUAACAUUGGGAAUACAUGCUUCAUGAAUUCUGUGAUCCAGUGCCUCAGUAAUACAAAACCUCUGCUGGAAUACUUGCUCAAUGAUGGCCACCUGACUGACAUAAAUACAACUGUUUCUGGUAUGAAAGGGGCCCUUAUUAAAGCAUUCACUACAGUAAUUCAAGAACUAUGGCACAGUGACAGUAAUGGCACAGUCGUAAAUACUACAGCACUGAAAUCACAAAUCCAACGAUUUGCACCACGUUUUAUGGGCUACAGUCAACAAGACGCUCAGGAAUUUCUGCGAUAUUUAUUGGAGGGGCUACACGAAGAUGUGAAUCGUGUUACUGUCAAACCUAAACCGAUUCUUACAGAAAUUGAUGAGACAUUAAGUGACCAGCAGAAAUCAGCCGAAGCUUGGAAACGGUACCUUCGUGCCGACGACAGCAAGAUAGUGGACAUCUUCGUGGGCCAACUCAAAUCGACACUGCGAUGUACGGUGUGUGGUCACUGCUCUGUGACAUUUGAUCCCUUUUGGGAUCUCUCUCUGCCUAUCCCCGUGCGUACGGGGCAAGUGCGUCUCCAGCAGUGUCUCGACAGUUUCACACGGGAGGAAGUCCUCGAUGGUGAUGAGAAACCUACAUGUUCAAAGUGCCAGAUGCGUCGAAAAUGUACAAAAAGUUUCACUAUCCAGAAGUUUCCGAAGAUUUUGGUGCUUCAUUUGAAACGAUUUUCACCUACUGAAAGGUUCCGUGGUAAAUUGAAUGUGACUGUUGACUUUCCACUAACUGGCCUAGACCUGAGUGCGUAUGCUGCUAACAGGGGUCAGGGUUGCACAUACAACUUGUAUGGAGUUGCAAACCACUCUGGGACAACUUACUCGGGACACUACACUGCGUACUGCAAGCAUCCUUAUACGGGAGAAUGGCACGAGUACAAUGACUCGAGGGUAUCAACCAUUUCAUCUAGAAGUAUCAUGUCAAGUGAAGCCUAUGUCCUAUUUUAUGAACUUUUUGGACACACGUCACAUUUAUAAUCUUAGUGUGCCUCCAUUAUAUUGUGCUUCACCAAUUGAAAAGUGAAAGAACACUUCAAAUCUCAGAUUUUAUACAAAAUUUGACAUUGGUCAUUGUAUUAUUUAUUUAAUUUUGAAAUUAACUGAGGAGGUGUUGCCUGUUUUUUAUUGCUGGAAAGUUUUUUAAAUUAUAUGUUUGUUUUAAAGCAAUGUAACAAGCAAAUUGUGUGAAAGAGAAAGUGAGAAAGACACGUCAGAAAUUUUAAGAAAAUUGUAUAUUAUUAAAAUAAAAGAGAAACUAUCAAACUUCUCAUAAUAUUAUGAACAAGAGUAAUGAAAUAAUUUCAUUAUUUGUCAUAAAAUAACCUGCAUGAUGCACUAGUACAAACAAAAUGUCCCUGUUAUUGUCAUUGUGCAUCAGAGCUAACUAUGUUUAACAACUGAGUGGAUUUUUUUUUUUUUUAAUAUAUGUAAGAAUCAUUAUGCCUGUGAGUAUUUUUUCAAUUUUAAAAAUAUUUUAUAAGGGUAUAGAAAUGUUACCAUAAGCAAUGUAUUGCAAAUGUUCUCUUUUGACUUAUGUAUCACGAGUUCAUCUUUGGUACUUACGGUUAGUAUUACUUGACCAAGGAUCUAACAGUUUAUCUUUAAUUUAUUUUACAAGUGAAUCAUUAUUUUUACUAUUUCAUGAGAAUGUUAAGCUGUUUAGUUUCUUUCAGCAUGAUACACUGUACAUAAUUUACAGGCUGAAUCAUAGAUGAUCAACUUCUUCCCUCUUAAUAAAUGGUGCCAGGUAUAUGGAAUUCAGUUUUUAACUGCGUUAUAGGUAUUCCAGUAUUUGUGUGGAGAAAAACCCUAUUUAUUCUCAACAUAAAUAUUUCUGUUCAUGAAUUUAUAUCAUCUAAGAUGUCAAGGAUAGGUAUAUGUGUAAUACAUCUGGAAGGUACACAAAUAAUAAUUUCAUAAGAAGCUAAGUGGAAGUGAUGAGAGAGUAAAAUUGGGCGGGGGAGGGGGGGGGGGGGGUGACACAUCCUGAAAAUCAAUAAGAAAAUAUAAAAAAAUAAAAAAGAUUUCAGCUAUAAACUUAAACUUGAACCAUUCAUUCUUCCUGUACAUGUAUUGCUUCUCUGUAGAAGAAGAUCAUUAUCAUAAUUUAAGAAAUAUUUAUUGUUGUUGCUUGCCAUGUGGUGUCUUUUGUAAAUAUACCAGUGUCCAUAAGAAAUACUCUACUUUUGGCCAUAACUAUCAAUGAUAAAUGUUGAUGGUUUCCUUAAAUGGCAUGUAUCUUUUUAUUGCACCUCUAUGAAGGUGGGUUGUGAAUACAGAGCUCGAUUGUGAUUGGUGUUGAUAUUUCAAGUAAUUGUUGUGAUUAUAAUUGUGAUAAGUAACACUGUGAUGAAACUUUAUAAGCAUACGUCAGCAGACAACAAUGAACAAUUCAUGGACUAAUAUAGAUUACAGAAGAUGGCAUUGUGUCAUAUAGUAAACAUUGUUUUAGGGUAUAUUGCGUUGUACACUGGCAAAUAAUAGUGGAAAGCAUUGUUGGUUUCUAAAUGACAGUCAUGUUGGAAAGUAAUUUAGUCUUAGAUUCACUGUCAAAUAUCAUUUUUCUAUUCAUUCCAACAUAUUAUUUAUUAAUAUAAAUGUUUUGUUGUACUCUUAUUGUCUAGAAGAAUUUGUUUUACUAGACAUAACCAGCAGUAGUUGAAGCAUUGCAAACACAGUGUACAUACAUUUAAACAGCUUAUCAUUUGUGGAAUUUCUCUGAUGCUUAUGUAAUUUGUGACCAUGACUGAUGCAGGGAGCACAGUCCUAAUAAUCUGUGAUGCAGAUUAAUAUUGUAGAAAAAAGCUGAAGAAUCUCAACAUGGCCCAAAUAAGUCAUAUUUUAUACCUAAAAUGGGAAUUUUGUGCUUUAUUAGACCCGAUGUCUCCCUGGAUCAAUCCUUCUUCAGCUCACUUUGCAAGGGAAAAGGAGAAUUCAGUGGUCCUGAUGACUGUCAUAGGAAUAUUGCUGGCUCUGCCCAUUUUCGGUGUUGUAGUGUGUGAUGUUUAACCUCAUUCAGUAGCCAAAGAAAUUUUACUUGUUUACUGUAAAUACCCGAAUUUGUUGCCCACUUCCACAUAACUACACACAGCCAUAGAACAUACAUUUAAAGCCUAAAAUGAAAUUAAAAGAAUGAACAAAGCAAGAAAAUUUGACAUUUGUGUUAGAUGUUGCUGUUACUCUUGUUUCUUAUAAAAUCAUAUUUUAGUGCUGUUGUUGCAGUAAAUCUGUGGUCACCAAGGUACUGUACUUUGGGAUAUAGUUUAGGUUCAAGCCUCAGAAGUAAUAUUGAGAUAUGAGUUACUGUUGCGUAAGGCUGUGCACAAAAUUAUGCUAACAGAAAUCAUUUUCAUAAGUAAUGUUUUGGUAUGUAGCAUAGUAGUUAUUGUAAAAAUACAAAAUCUGUUAAAUUUACAAACACUGUGCAUAGACCACAGAAGGAUAACAUUGUGAGUUAACAGUAUGCAUAACAACCAACCAAUGAAAGAUCAGCUACACAUUUUUGAAUUCUGUGAGCCACCUGCAGUGUCCUUUGUUGUUUUAUAUAAGUAAGCUAUAUAACUUAAAUAUUUAUUUAUUUAUAAAUUGCCUGAACAUAAAUUAAAAUCAGUUGUACAUAAAAUGGCUCAGUAUUUGAAUAAUUCAAACAGCCUCAACUUGAGAAUGAAAAAUUACAUAUGUAGCUAUUUGUGUACAUAUGUUCUCUAACAUUGAGAGACAUGUAUCAAAAAUAUUUUUCUGCAAUACAGCUACCAUGUAGCAAUAGUUCUGGAAUAUCUAAUAUGUAUAGCUUUCUGAAAUUUCACACAGAUUACAAAAUGCUUUAUGCUUUA